AUGGCUGAGGCCAUGAGAGAUCACAACAGUCUCUCCUCCAGAGAGAGGCAGGAGCUCAACGAGAAAUUACGUCUCAUAAAGAACAUAGAUCAGAACGGUCACUGGUGGUCCAGAGUCAAAGAGCCGCUUUCCGCAAUCCUGAGCCUCGUCGUUGCGACGGGGAAGGUACUAGUCGCACUCAAGGCCACCGCUGGUGGAAUCUUCGUUCAAUACAAGGUUGCGGGGAUGAGCUUCAACCUUGCAGGGGGAGCGUUCAAGACGUCUGCGUUGCUCACGGCGACUGGUCCUGCCGCCCUCGUUGGGGCAGGCGUCGCUGCGGCCGUGUAUUUUAUUCCCUGGUUCACGGUGUUCUCGUGGAUCCAAGGGUUCUUCUCGUCAAUUUGGGACACCAUACGCAGAUGGGUCGAAAACUUCCAACGAUUUUUGUCGAGCCUCGCCGCCGAGUCAGAGAAUGUGCAACCCCAGAGGCGGCAGAGGCGUCGUAACUCUGGCCGGAGAUCGGUGCCAAUGACAUUCUCACAUGGUUAG